UAGUUGGUGUGUCUGGAUUUCUUACAGAAGCCAGUGAAGAGGCUGAGUAUUGGCUGAAAUGGGACCAAAACAUGUUGGGCCAGGUGUACAGGGAACAGCUUUUUACCUCUCUCCAGGCUUCUUCCUUUGAUGACAAAUUUCCUCAGAGAACCUGAUACCACACUAGGCUUCUGAAAACACCAGUCAAGAGUUGCUUAAUGCAGGGGUCUCUAAUUCCUGAGCUGCAGACCUGUAUCUGUCUGUGGCCUGUUAGGAACGGGACAGCACAGCAGGAGGACUGGGGAGGGAGGAAGUAAAAGACGGAGCUGUGACUGUGGUACGUAUCUGCAAGCAAGUGUUAAAGAGGGAGAGGAGGACGCAGAAGCAAGCUGGUUUGACCAGAAACAGAACUGCCUGUGACAGAUUAAGAGACAAGCAAGGCUUGGAAUCUGAGAGCAAGCAAAGAGAGUGGAAAUUUACAGCUGCUCUCUGUGAGUGUUCAAGUGAUCAUUUUCUGGUAACGUUUUCCGGUGGUAACUGUUACUCUUCAAAGAGAGAGACAGAAAGUCAAGACAGAAUUGUGGAAACUCUUUUCUCUUCUCUGCCACGCUUAGUAACAGGAGGCAACCUCUAUUAAAUGGACAAUAAAGGCUAUUUCAUCUAAAGUGCUUUGAGCUCAAGAAAGAGCUGUCUUCAGCACCUCACCAUGUGUCUACAUUUUGUUGCUUAGACAAGCCAAGUCAUUUCUGUAACGUUUGCAUUUCAUAUUGGAAGAAGAGAUUUCUACACAUGAAAAGAAUGCCUUUGUUUAGUAAAUCACACAAAAAUCCAGCAGAAAUUGUGAAAAUCCUGAAAGACAAUUUGGCCAUUUUGGAAAAGCAAGACAAAAAGACAGACAAGGCUUCAGAAGAAGUGUCAAAAUCACUGCAAGCAAUGAAAGAAAUUCUGUGUGGUACAAAUGAAAAGGAACCCCCGACAGAAGCAGUGGCUCAGCUGGCACAGGAGCUCUACAACAGUGGCCUGCUGGUGACACUGAUAGCUGACCUGCAGCUGAUAGACUUUGAGGGAAAAAAAGAUGUGACCCAGAUAUUUAACAACAUCCUGAGAAGACAGAUAGGCACUCGGAGUCCUACUGUGGAGUAUAUUAGUGCUCAUCCUCAUAUCCUGUUUAUGCUCCUCAAAGGAUACGAAGCCCCACAGAUUGCAUUACGUUGUGGGAUUAUGCUGAGAGAAUGUAUUCGACAUGAACCACUUGCCAAAAUCAUCCUCUUUUCUAAUCAAUUCAGAGAUUUCUUUAAGUAUGUGGAGUUGUCAACAUUUGAUAUUGCUUCAGAUGCCUUUGCUACUUUUAAGGAUUUACUCACCAGACAUAAAGCAUUGGUAGCAGACUUCUUAGAACAAAAUUAUGACACGAUUUUUGAAGACUAUGAGAAAUUGCUUCAGUCUGAGAAUUAUGUGACUAAGAGGCAAUCUUUAAAGCUGCUAGGGGAGCUGAUCCUGGACCGUCACAACUUUGCCAUCAUGACAAAGUACAUCAGCAAGCCGGAGAACCUGAAACUCAUGAUGAACCUCCUUCGCGAUAAAAGUCCCAACAUACAGUUCGAAGCCUUUCAUGUUUUUAAGGUGUUUGUGGCCAGUCCUCACAAAACACAGCCUAUUGUGGAGAUUCUGUUAAAAAAUCAGCCCAAACUCAUUGAGUUUCUGAGCAGCUUCCAAAAAGAAAGGACGGAUGAUGAGCAGUUCACUGACGAGAAGAACUACUUGAUUAAGCAGAUCCGAGACUUGAAGAAAACAGCCCCUUAACAAGCUCCCCGGCGCCCAUCACAGUCAUUCGUCUCAUUUGUCCAGUUUGUACAUGUCAUUUCAAAGCCAUCAUUCUUGGGAAGACUUUGGAGGUGCCUGUUUUUUCUGUUUUAAUUGUUCUGGGUAGACAGAAUAUAAACAUUUGAAUGGAAAAAAAAAUAACCUAGAAUAAUAUAUUCAUUUUAAUCAAGUCUGUGAUUAUUUAUGUGAAAUCAGAGCCAUUGUAGUAGAUGUUGAUAAAAGCAAUUUUAACUUGCAGACGUGAGCCUCUGGUCACCAUGAGCCACUAAAUGGGAGCUCAAAGGACAGGCAUCACCAACUCCUCACGGAGGACCGAGUUCUCAGGGUAGAACCGGGAAUGGUGCCGGAGUGGGAAAGUGCUUUGCCCAUCUGUAGGUAGACACACAGAUGACUCAACGCACCGAGAGAUCCCAGAAAGUAACAUUAAUGUUUUCAGUUAUUGUGUGUCCUUCGUUUCUGCCCAGUGUCUUUGAACUGAAAUCAUGCGUCCACACCUCUCGGGAUCCAGUGGCCCCUCUCAGCUCGAUCUCCCCUCACUCCCUGUCCUGCAUUCCAUCCCAGCUCCUCAGCUUGGCCCCCACACCUCCCACAUUCAGCUGAGCAAACAAGCAACUGAAUGGGAACAGGAUGGAUCAACAAGGGUCCCGAAGAAUAGGGGACCCAUGGGGUGUGACCCACUCACUGGAGAACUGCAAACACAUGGCUCUGGAGAGAGUCACGGCUGUUCCAUAUUGACUUCCAGAGGUUGAGUGAGAGACAAAACAGUUCCUUCAUAAUUGUCAUGGGUGAAUGCUUCCUGCAGUGAGUGUGUUUUAGAGCAGGAAUCACCAUAGUGGGAUGCCCAGCAGGCACAAAACCGUGGGUUCAGGAGUCUCAGAGGGGAACUUUUAUCAGUAGGAGGAUAUAACCAUAGGAUAUAAUCAUUUCUCCAAAUGAUUCAUGCAUGAAAAAAUUCUCAAAUCAAUCCAUACUUUUUUUCAGUUUGUUUUCUAAUAAGCUGUCAUUCUAUCAUUGCUCAUCACAGUCUUUAGUGAAAACAUAGAAAACCUAUACAACUUUGGUCCUGAAUAAUCUCUUACAACUAGCAUGAUGGAGGUGUUAAUUCAUCUUACUUAUAAAAAGGCAUGGAAUCAAAAAUAUUUUAAAAGACCAUGGUUUCAUUUCAGACAUCAAGCAUCUAAAAUGGGAUUUUAAAGCGAUAUUUUACAAGACAUUCAAGGCACAAUUGUUGAGCUGUAUUCUUUAUACUUCAGUUUCUAAAUCAUGAGUCACUGCCUUCCACAGGAACCCUCCCUUUUUACAAUACUUGUGUGUUGUGUACUUUUUCUUCAGCCAGAUAUUUCUCUGCCAGAGAGGGGAAGAGAAAUGCGUUCUCCAGGAUUGGUCCCCUUUGUAGAUUUUGUACUUAAAGAAUUACCAGGCAGGGCACUGCCCUUGGCUAGGCCCAGGUGCGUGUUUCUUCCUUGCCAGGCAUGGGCCCUGAUGCAGGUUCCGGCAGCUGUGGCCUCUCUGACCAGUGCCCACGUGGGGGGCAGCUGGCAGCUUGAUGACCCAUACUCUUUAGUCAUUGAAGUCAGAUACCUUUUUUUUUUUUAAUUGAGACUGAGUCUCACUCUUGUUGCCCAGGCUGGAGUGCAGUGGUGCAAUCUCAGCUCACUACAACCUCUGCCUCCCAGGUUCAAGCAAUUCUCCUGCCUUGGCCUCCUGAGUAGCUGGGAUUACAAGCACCCACCACCAAGCCUGGCUAAUUUUUGCAUUUUUAGUAGAGAUAGGGCUUCUCCAUGAUGGUUAGGCUAGUCUUGAACUUCUGACCUUAGGUGAUCUGCCUGCCUCAGCCUCCCAAAGUGCUGGGAUUCCAGGUGUGAGCCACUGCACCCAGCCCAGAUUAUUUUUAUAAUACUCCCUGAUAGUCUAGAGUCCCUUCGAAUUGCACUUUUCUGGUUUUGCUUAUUUAACUAAGAGAUGAGUAUAAAUAUAAAAAAAAUGAAGGGGAAAUAAAUAGCAUUGGAAAUGUAUUUGGUUGCUGAAUACUACUCCACAACAUCUUGGGACAUAUGUUUUCCUUUGGAGAGCAAGGUCUUGUUAUUAUUAUUUUCUGAUAAAGAAAACAUUUUAUUUCCUUUGGACUUGCCUUAGCUCUUUCCUAGCAACCCAUUAUCCAGCUCAGUACCUUUCAAACAGAAAACUAGAGUCUGGGGUUUUGUUGUAAUCUGAAUUUGUAAGUUAUUAGUGUGAAAGGGAGAGCAGGAAGCUCACAGUCAGAUUUGUUUGCACAAAGUUCACUGUAAAUACUGUGAGAAUUGAAUUCUGAAAAGGUCAUAUUUAGCGAUUUCAAAAGCACAUGUUUAAAUAAAGACUGACUAAAUAAAAGGUACCACACA